GGAAUAUGUAAUUUCACAAUUCAAUCCGAACUGUAGUCAAAAAUAGCAACCCGGACUGGGUGGAAAGUCAUUCAAGUCCUCUUCACCCUCCUAAUCUUACACACGAAGACAACCGGAAAAAGGAAACUCAACCGCUUCACUCCGCCAUUUUUUCUUCAAUCUGAUGCAGUACAAAUAUGUUCAUAAAUCAUAACCUGCCCCCUUCACCUCCACCAGUUCUUCUGCUACAGAGUCAAAAUUCACUAAUUAUGUAGCUUAGGCAAAGUAUAUAUACAGCUAGCAAUAAACAGAGCAUACAUAUAUCGCGUAUUCUGGCGUGACGCUCGAGAGGAUGAAAUGCUUUCACUUCUCGAAUGGGGAGAGGAGGGAAGAAGAAGAAGGCGGCGCAGUUUCCGGUUCCAGACCUUGUAAGGUGUUGUGGGCCCGGUCUCUGAGCGUGGCCUCCAGCAGCGUCGACUCAACUCGGCGCUCCGAGUUCGACUCCGAGUCGAGGGACUUGAAUGACCCGCUCGGCUUCUACCAGCGCAGGGGAAACGAUCUGCGAGUCUUCACCUUCGCCGAGAUGAAAUCUUCCUCCAGAGGGUUCAGCCGCGCCCGGAUGAUCGGAGAAGGCGGGUUCGGGUCUGUUUAUAGGGGCGUUGUUAGCGUUCCGGGUUCGGGUUCUAGUUCGAAAAUGGAGGUAGCUAUUAAACAGUUGAAUCGAAGUGGUUUCCAGGGGCAUAAGGAGUGGAUAAAUGAAGUCAACUUUUUGGGCAUAGUUAAGCACCCAAAUCUAGUGAAGUUAAUUGGAUAUUGUGCAGAAGAUGAUGAGAGAGGGAUCCAACGGCUUUUAGUGUACGAGCUGAUGCAUAACAAAAGCCUUGAGGACCAUCUGUUUUCUAGAUCACCCAAUGUCCUCUCCUGGAAUUUGAGAUUGAGAAUUGCUCAAGACGCUGCUCGUGGAUUGGCAUAUCUUCACGAAGAAAUGGACUUUCAGUUAAUAUUCCGAGACUUCAAAUCAUCCAACAUUCUUCUAGAUGAAGAUUUUAAUGCAAAACUCUCGGACUUUGGGUUGGCUAGACUGGGACCAGCUCAUGGAAUUGAUCAUAUAUCUACAGCAGUUAUGGGAACUCUUGGUUAUGCAGCACCCGAGUAUGUUCAGUCUGGCAGGUUGACAGCUAAAAGCGACGUUUGGAGCUUCGGGGUGGUUCUCUAUGAACUUAUCACGGGGAGGCGAGUGCUGGAGCGGAAUCUGCCUCGGGGUGAGCAGAAACUCUUGGAAUGGGUGAGGCCCUACGUCUCAGACCCCAAGAAAUUUCACGUCAUUCUUGAUCCGAGAUUAGAGAGACAGGAUUGUGCCAAGUCAGCACACAGACUUUCCUCACUGGCCAACAAAUGCCUCAUGAAGCAACCCAAGUGUCGCCCUAAAAUGAGCGAGGUGGUUGAACGACUCACUUGCAUCAUUGGAGAUGAAGUUGUGACCAAAACAAGUGUGAAAGGAGGGGGGAAGGAAGAGGGGUUUGAAGAAGGUGGAUGCGACGAGGCCCGGGAAAACAUUGACCAAAAGAAGAGUUUUGAUUUCAGGGAAAUGAUCAAUUUAAGGACCAAAUCAAUUGGGAAGCAGCUGGAUUGGAGGAAUUGGACGCCUGGUUUGGCUAGAGCCCGGUGAUAUUCAUCCCUUUGUUGUUCUUUUUCAUUGUCAUUUCAACUUCCCUUUUUCUAGAGGAGAUGAAUUGCCCUUGUUGAUGACCAGAGUCAGAUUGUACAGUUUUCUGAUGAUAACUUUAUUCUGAAGAUUGGGAGGUUGCUGGUGGCAAUUCUCAUGCCUGAUUGGGGCCUUUGUGGACAUUGUGAUUUGUGACAGAAAUAUUGUCAAAUGUCAACUAUUGUAUCAAAUAGGCCAUACUUGGUAAAGAAACUUGACAGAAAUGAAUACUUCAUAUUCAUUUCUGUUUCGAGAGUCAUUUUUCAA